UUGUAGGAAAAAUGGGCAGAGGGCUUCACAAAAUAGCGUGCAUGCAACAGAUCUCAGAGGUUAGUUUGUUUACGUCUUUCUAAACACGCAAUGGACAAACAUGAUGCAGUUCGUUCGCCUCAAGCCUUUCCCAAGUUCACUUGAAGGAAGCAAAGGGGCGGAGAGGGGAUUGAGCGCAGCUGCAUUCCUGACAGAGAGAGGGGUCGCGAGUCGCUUUAUGAUUAUUACAAAAAUCCGCUGUCACUCUCUCGCAGCUCUGCUCAUGUGCGCGUACUGAGUCUUCACGUGCUUGUUGAGGCAGUGCUGCUUCCUUCCAAGUUUUGAACACACUGAAACAUCCGGAGUUUGCUCGUCGCUUUUACUGGGAGUAGUCAAUCUGUCUACCCAGGAGCAAGUUCGGCAGCGAACAUGUACAAAUAUGUACAGUAUGGAUUUUAGGAGGACGAAACUCGGCAGGUUUAUGAACAACCGAGUCCCAUCUAGCAAGAGAUACCAACCAACUGAGUAUGAGCAUGCAGCCAACUGUGCCACUCAUGGAUUCUGGAUCAUUCCCAGUAUCCUGGGCAGCUCAGUGUUGUACUUCCUCUCUGAUGACCAGUGGGAGACCAUCUCUGCAUGGAUGUAUGGGACAGGUCUGUCUGGGCUGUUCAUCAUGUCCACCAUGUUCCAUACGGUGUCCUGGAAGAAAAGUCAUCUCAGGAAGGUGGAGCAGCGAUUCCACAUGUGCGACAGGAUGGUGAUAUAUUUCUUUAUAGCUGCAUCUUAUUCACCCUGGCUGAACCUGAGGGAACUAGGACCCUGGGCUGUGCACAUGCGCUGGUUGGUGUGGAUCAUGGCUUGCGCUGGCUCUGCCUAUGUCUUCUUCUUUCAUGAGAAGAACAAGAUACUAGACUUACUGUGCUACACUGCCAUGGGAACUGUUCCUGCAGUUGUUCUUCUGUCAAUGCCUAACAGAGAGGGCAUAUUAGAGCUGUCAGUGGGCGGAGUCUUCUACUGCCUGGGAAUUGUCUUCUUCAAGAGUGAUGGCCUCAUCCCAUUCGCUCAUGCCAUCUGGCACGUCUUUGUGGCAGUUGGGGCAGGCAUACACUAUUACGCCAUCUGGAGGUACUUGUAUGCAACGGGGACCGGCCAAAUCAAAAUAUCCAGGUGACAGAUGAAGAAGAUCUCAAGUGUGUUCACACAUACAGGGUUUGUUGAGCUAUAAAAGACAAUGUAUUUGAUCAUGAGCUGCCUUUGCAUCCCUCUAUAUUAAUCAUAGAUGGGCAUGUUUUAGUACUGUUGGUCUAAAAUGUAUUUUUAUAUAGAAGGAUUUCUGUCCUGAUAACUGGCCAGUCUAUUUUUGCAGAUGUAGUCUUAACCUGUUGACAAUGUACUGUUUCAACUGUCAGUGUUUACAGGCACAAUGUGUAUAAUACAAAAGUAAUGUAUAUGUACAAAAAUGUUAGAAAUGACUUUUUAAUUGUUGCACAAUGGAUCAUGAUGGAUCAUUUCUAUGGCAUUGUGAUACUGUUUAGGGAUGACAUGAUUUACACUACCGGUCAAACGUUUGGAAUAAUUACUUUAUGUUUUCAAAAGAAGUGUCUUAUGCAGUAAAACUGUAUAAUUAUGAAGUAUUAUUACAGAUUUAUUCCUGUGAUGGCACAUCUAAAUUUUCAGCAUCAUUACUCCAGUCUUCAGUGUCACAUGAUCCUUCAGAAAUCAUUCUGAUAUGAUGAUUUGCUGCUCAAUUAAAAUUGGUGCUCUAUUAAUAAUAUUGGUUAUUAUUAUUAUCAGUGUUUUAGUGCUUUUAUAUAUAUAUAUAUGUGUGUGUGUAUGUCUUACCUCAAACUUUCGACUGGUAGUAUCAGUUUUCACAAAAAUAUUAAACAGUAUAAUUGUCAAUAUUGAUCAUAAUAAUGUUUCUUGAGCACCAAUUCAAGUCAGAGCCAUUUUAUUUGUUAUUGGGAACGAGCCAUGCACAUGGAAACUAGCCUUUUUGUGCAUCUUUAUAGAAAAACCCAAUGAGACUUAUCUCAAGGUCUAAUGAAAAUAUAAACCUUGAUUAAAUGAAACUUAAACAUCUGUUUUGCCUAUUAACACAUUAAGCCAGGAAACUCAGAUAUGAAAGAGUAUGUUUUUAAGCACUGUGACUUUGAAUGUAUAACAGGUUUUUACUCAUUUUGUCAUAAUGUUGCAUUUAUAUGACAGUAAGAAUUUGUAUUGAGACAUUUGUAUUGUGUCACAUUUCAUUUCUAUGGUAAAUUCUUUUGUACCAUUAGUUUCAUAGACUUUUAAUCAGAAGGACAAAAACGCAAUCUAAACUGUAUUUUAACAGUUUUGACACUAAUCAUAAGUGGCAGUAAUAAAUGCAACCUGACAAUAAACACAUAGAAUGUUUAAUUUAUAGAAAUGUGUCUCUACUAAACAUUUCAAUAAAUCAAGGAGUAAAUCAUAA